CCUAGAUACUCGAUAGGAUUCGUAGUAAAAUUGUAUUGGAAUAUGUAUCUAAGGCAGUGAAUCUUUACGUAGCUAAUUAAUAGAAAAGCUGCUUCCUAGUAUAAGACGGUAUAGAGCCGCCCCCUUUUCUCUUUUAUUGGGCUGAUGUGGUACGUGGAAUUCUCUGUAUUGUGCGACCGGCUUCGAUACCCAAACCAGGAACUUGAUGGCGGAAUCAAUACUUACCCCAUACUUGAAGGAUAUAAUAACAUUCAAGAGGAAGAUUCCGGCGGAGCUAUCAUUUGAAAAUGUAAUCAGGGGAAAGACACGCUCGGUCAGUACGCACCGUAAUAUCAUCUAUGUAUAGUACUAAUAUGCAUAUAAGCCAUGCUCCUUGGACGACUUUAUGAACUAUCUAAUGUACAUAGAGCGAAGCGCAGAGAAUCUUCGGUUUUUCCUAUGGUAUCAUAACUAUGUCGGGAGAUGGAUUCAAUUACCCAGAUGUGAGAGAGAAAGAUCUCCGGUACAUCUAAGGUCACGCCCGCGGUCGAUAAAGGUGGAGGAGAGGAUAGACAAGCUAAGCCGAACACUUACAGUUCUGGACGUAGACACACCGGCGACAACACAGGAAGCUGCGUCAGCCAGAAAUCCGGAAUCCAAGAUCGGUGUAGACAUAAAUUUCUCAAAGCCUCGAGCGUUAGCACUUUCGUCAGGGGUAAAGGAUGAUACUCAAAACGAGUGGCAAUGGCAACCUGUGAGUAGAGACAUCGUCUCUUUGAACCGUCCUGCUGCUAAUGUUAGAGAAGUCUCGACGCAGCCAUUCCGAGACGAAGUUACAGAAAUAGCUCGCCAGUACAUAUCGACCUCUGGAUCACGGAAGUUGAACUUGUCCCAUGAAGACCGAGCUGCUUGUUUCCACGCCUUACAACAUACGACACACCCAUCCAGCUUUCUUUUAGCCUUUUUAGCGGCCGAGACAGAGUUGCGAAGAUAUAGUCAUCCCAACUUCAUCCGAUGGAGCACUUGCAAUAACAACUCCUCGCGGGUUCUGUGCGCGAGGGCGUUGGGCGUUAUCCUAAUAAUCUUGGCCACCAUACUAAACGUGAUCCUCAUCUUUUCCAAAGUCAACCGCCUAGGCCGACUGUCCGCCGUGCCUCUAUGGUACGUUGUGAUUUACAUCUUAUUAAUGGAAGGGCGCGGGAUGAGCAUCAGGCUAUAUAUGAAUCAGAAGAGACAGUUGCGCCCAUGGGAACAAGCCACAAGCUCGGAACUCGAAAGCGUAGAUUCAGGGGCAAACGCUGGACAGAUAGAAUUGGACAAUAGCAAAAGCUCCCCUGAGAGCAAGACGCGGGAUACGUGGGUUCAGAGCUUUACAAGAUAGGGUCGUCUUUCCAUCGUUGUUCUGGGCUUGUUUCUUGGUGGUGGUGUUGUCGGUUGGUUCAGUAUUGAUACCUUCUGGUAAUAUGUUUUGAUUAUAAUUCGAGGAGUACGUUUAGAUGUAAAUUAUAUAACACCAUGUAUAUAGUGAAAACUGAAUUAUUAUUCGAGAUUAGUACACGAUACACACACUGGAAGGUAAGCACGGGUCACUAUAUGUUGUGUAAUGUCACACAGCAGCUUCUGCCCUGUGAACCUCGGAGGCCGACAAUUA